AUGAGAGUGAAUGUAGCCAAGGAACUGGCAAUGGAAAGUGUGAAAGAGGGAGCUGCAAAAGAACCAGGUAUGAGGCUGGCCACGAAGGAAGAAACAAAUGAAGGUGACAGUGAUGAAAGUCCAUUACAGGUUCUGCCCAGAAAUGCAGAUCUCCUAGUUCCAAAGUUCUUGGACAAAGCCCAGACCAAAGAGAAGCCCUUUGUUCACAUGGUCAGCAAUACACUCCACAUGCCUACAGAGGAGUUGGAGGUCCCACAGAAGAGUGAUGACAUUCCCAAUUCCACAGAAAAAACCAUCCGUCCCAAGCUGAGCAGUAUCCCCAGGUCCCCAGAAACCAACCGUCACAAGCUUGGCAGUAUCCCCAGGUCCCCAGAAACCAUCCAUCCCAAGCCAGUCAAUAUCCCCAAGUCCCCAGAAGAAACCAUGCAUCCCAAGCUGGUCAAUAUCCCCAGGUCUCCAAAAGAAACCAUCCAUCCAAAGAUGAGCAUUGCCCUCAAGUCCCCAGAAAAAAGCAUCUAUCCCAAGCUGGGAAAUAUCCCCAGGUCCCCAGAGGAAACCAUCCAUCCCAAGCUGGUCAGUAUUCCCAGGUCCCCAAAAGAAACCAUCCAUCCAAAGCUGAGUAUUGUCCCCAAGUCCCCAGCAGAACGCAUCCAUCUCAAACUGGGCAAUGUCAAGUCUCCGGAAGAAACAAUCUAUCCCAAGGUGGAUAGUAUCCCCAGGUCUCCAAAAGAAACCAUAUAUCCCAAGUUGGGCGGUACUCCCAAAUCCCCCCAAGAAACCAUCCGUCCCAAGCUGGGCAGUAUCUCUAAGUCCCCCAAAGAAACCAUCCAUCCCAAGCUGGGCAGUAUCCCCAAGUCCCCAGAAGAAACCACCCAUCUCAACCUGGGCAACAUCUUCAAAUCCUCAGCCAUGACCAUUCAGCCUAAGCAGGGAGACAUUUUCAAAUCUUCAAUAAAAAAAAUCCAACCCAAAGAAGAUGACCUCCCCAAGUCCCCAGAAGAAACAAUCCAGCCCAAGGAAGGUGACCUCCUCCCUGAGUCUUCAGAAGAAGCCAACCAGUUCAAGGAAGGAUUCUUUCCAAAACCAAAAGAAGAAACAGUGGAGUCCCUGGAGGUGGACAUGGUGAGAGUGAUCCUGGACAAGGAGGACUUUGAAGCAGCACUCAAGGAGGCUGGAGAGAAGUUGGUGGCUGUGGACUUCUCAGCCACAUGGUGUGGACCCUGCAGGACCAUCAAGCCGUUCUUCCAUUACCUGUCUCACAAGCACGAGGAUGUGAUGUUCCUGGAAGUGGAUGCUGAUGAUUGUGAUGAGGUGUUGAGAGACUGUGCAAUCAUGUCCAUCCCAACCUUUCAGUUUUAUAAAAAAGAAGAAAAGGUGGCCGAGUUCUCUGGUGCCCUUAAGGAGAAACUCGAAGAGAUCAUUGCAGAAUUAAAGUAA